CUCAGUCUGGGUCUGUGUCCCGGUCCGGGUCCGGGUCCGGGUUGGAGGGGAGCAGGCGGCGGGCGAGAGGCUCGGCCGCGCGACUCUCGGGCCCCGGGCCCGGAGCGGACGGUAGACGCGGUACUGCGCCCGGCCCCCUCGGGCCUUCUCUUGCGCCGUCCGCACGACUCAGCCACCCGGCGGUCCGCGGGGGCGGGAGCCUGGGGCCAUCGGCUGAGGGCCUGGGGCCCAAGUCCUGCCUCCCGGCUCUGCGCUUUAAGGAGGCCGGCUGAAAGAUUCGAGAGCCCCGGGAGAGGCCGCUCCCCCGUGUGAGAGCACUUGGCGCGGGCACGGCCCUUUGCACUCCGCUGGGGUGUGUCUUCCUCGGGACCUGUCCACCGACCAGCAAGAAGUCUUCACCUGCCGAUGGCAGCCUUGUCACCUGCUGUCACCUCACCUCUCUCUUCGCCUGCCGAGGGGACACGGCCAGGCUCUCCUCUUCCGGAGGCCGGGAUCCUGGAACACGUCAGCUCGGUCACCAAACUCAGACUGACAUCCCUGACCCCAUCUCUGGACCCGGCGGGAGGCGAUGGAGCCCGGAGGGGACAGAGGAGAGACCCGGGAGCCCCGCCCGGGGCGGUGCCCGCAGAGGUCGGGGCCCUGGAGGGCCCGCGGGGGCGGGCUGACAUGAAGAUGGCUGGGCCAAGGCCCUCGCACACGGAGCAGGUGUUCCCACACCUGGUGUUUCUGCUAGGUGCUGUGGAGGAGGGUCCCCAGGCUUGCGUCUCCAGAACCCACAGAGGCCACCUUGAUGGACACAUGCACAGCUUUUCUGGCACAGGCAUCCAGUGGUGGCCAUGCUUCCAGCUGUGCUGCUGAGCAAGGGGCUGAGAGCACAGGGUUGGCACCAAAGCCAGUGAUGUUAGGAGAAGGGGAAAGCCAUGGAGAGAGUGUGCCAGGACUGCUUCAGGGGCCUCCCCGGGCACUGGGGCUUCGGGACCUUUGUGGGAUUGAGGAAGCUGGAGAGAAGCCCAGAGAUCCCCCUCGGGGACCGGCUGUUUAUGAGAAAGCUGCAGGGCAGAACAGCCACGGGAGCACUGUGUCUGGGUCCGAAGUCACCCUGAAUGCAGGCUCUGCGACGGAUGGGAGAGGAAGCUGGAGAGGGCGGCCUUAUCGAUGCAGCACUUGCGACAGGGGCUUCAAAUGCUAUUCGGAUGUGGUGAAGCAUCAGAGCAUUCACUCUGGGGAGAAACCCUACGAAUGCAGCGACUGUGGGAAAGCUUUUAUCCACAGCUCACAUGUCGUCAGGCACCAGCGAAUUCACAACGGGGAGAAGCCGUACGUUUGCAAGGAGUGUGGGAAAGCCUUCAGCCAGAGCUUCAACCUUAUUAGGCAUCAGAGAAUCCAUACGGGAGAAAGACCUUACGAAUGUCCUGAAUGUGGCAAGUCCUUCAGUCAGCAGUCAGACGCUGUUAAGCACCGGAGAAUCCACACUGGAGAGAGACUGUAUGAGUGCAGCGAAUGUGGGAAAACCUUCAUUCACAGUUCCAAUGUCGUUCGGCACCAGAGAAUUCACCAUGGAGAGAACCCCUACGAAUGUAAAGAAUGUGGGAAAGCCUUCAGCCAGAGCUCCAACCUCAUUCAGCACCAGAGGGUGCACACCGGCGAGAAGCCCUAUGCGUGCCAGGAGUGCGGGCGCGCCUUCAGCCGAAGCUCCUUCCUCAGCGAGCACCGGCGCAUCCACACUGGGGAGAAGCCCUACGAGUGCAGCGAGUGUGGGCGCGCCUUCCGGGCCCUGUCCGGCUUCUUCCGGCACCAGAGGAUCCACACUGGCGAGAAGCCUUUCCGCUGCACGGAGUGUGGGCGCGCCUUCCGCCUGAGCUUUCACCUGAUCCAGCACCAGCGGGUUCACGGCCCCGAGUGAACCUGGGAGGGGUGGUGUGGAGCAGGGACAACGUGCCGACGAGACUGGAGGGGGCGGGGGCGACACCUGUGAAAGCUUGCCCACGCCAAGAGGUUUGUGUGCUUCGUUCCACGUGCAGUGAGGACAAUAAAGCUGUCUUGGUGGCUUA